GGCGUCUCCGUGUCGUGCUCGUGCGUGGCGGUUGCGCUUGUGUUGCGUCGCGUCGCACGGAGAGCCUCUCGUCCUCCCGCCUCCAAACCCCAUCUGCUUGGCUCGCCUCACGCACACGCCCCUCCAUGGCAUCCCUCUACCACCACUCCUCCCUCCCACUCUCCCCGCCUCACCACCAUGGCAGCGGCGCCCUCCCCUUGCCCCCUCGAUCCGCAGGUCCCUCAGCGUGCCACUGCAGGGCGCCGCCCCGAGACCACGAUGCCGACCUCCUCCGCGCGCUCCAGUCCAACGGCAACGGCAGCCUCCACAGCGAGCCCUCGCCGCCGCAGGUUCUCGAUUCGUGCACCCAUGGAGCGGCCGGAGACAGCGGCUCGGGCGGCGGGAGGAGGAGCUCGCGGCUCCGGGCGCGGGACUGCGCGAAGCGGAUAAUGGAGCUGCCCGUGGAGGAGCGGGUGAAGGUGCUCGACCUCCUGCAGUGCGACGACGCCGCGCUCACCGUCUCCGACUACAACGACAUCCUCUCCGCUCUGGCGCGGGCGGGCGACCACGCCUCAGCUGUCGCGCUGUUCCGCGCCAUGCGCGUCGCACCCGACGCCCACUCCUUCGCCACCGCCGUGCAGUGCCUCUGCCGCCAGGGGGCGCCCGACGAGGCCAAGCGGGCGCUCGACGAGAUGGUGGCGCGCGGGUUCCGCCCCAGCGUCGCCACCUUCUCCGCCGUCGUCGGGUGCCUCUGCAAGCGCGGCCGCGUCACCAAGGCCAUGGUGGUGUUCGACGCCAUGCGCGCGCUCGGGUGCGAGCCCACCAUCCGCGUGUACAACAGCCUCGUUGGGGGGCUCUGCUACGUCGGCCGGCUCGAGGAGGCGCUUCACCUGCUCAACAAGCUCAAGGACUCGCCCAUGACGCCAGACAUCUACACCUUCACCAUCGUGCUUGACGGGUUCUGCAAGGUCGGCCGGACGGAGGAGGCCAUGGCCAUCUUCCACGACGCCGUCGGGAUGGGCCUCUCGCCGACGAUAUUCACCUACAACGCGCUCCUGAACGGCCACUGCAAGGAGGGGAACCCGCUCAAGGCGUACGGGCUGCUCAUGGAGAUGUGCGGCAGCGACGAGGCCUGCCAGCCGGACAAGAUCAGCUUCAGCAUCGUGCUGCCGGCGCUGCUGCGCGCCGGUGAGACCGCCGCCGCGUGGCAGACGUACAAGCGGAUGGAGCGCGCCGGGUUCGAGGCGGACGGCCGCGCGCUGGACACGCUCGCUCGGGGCCUGUGCCGGCGGUGCGCGACGGACAUCUCGGCCCUCGGGGACGCGAGGGAGGUGUUCGCGAAGGUGGUGGCCGCCGGGUACGAGCCGGUGUCGUACACGUACUGCCUGAUGGCGCAGGCGCUGGCGUGCGGCGGCGAGGUGGACGCGGCCGUGGCGCUCCUGGAGGAGAUGGUCCGCAAGGGGUACGCGCUGCGGAAACGCGCCUACACGGACGUGGUGCGCGCGCUGUGCGACCGGGGCAGGGUCCGCGACGCGCUGCGGGUGCUGGUGCUGGUGAUGAUCGUCAGGGACUUCGUGCCCGGACGGAACGCGUUCGACGCUCUGCUGGGCGAGCUCAGCCGGCAGGGGCGGUGGCCCGACGCCAUGGCCGUGUACGCCGCAGCGGUGAAGCGCGGCGUGGUGGUCUCGUGGAAGCAUCUCAGCAGGGCGAAGGAGCCCGUACAGUUGGGCGUCCCGCAGUGAGCUGAGGCUCUGAGCGAUUAUCCACGAGGAUUCCCGCCUUCUCGAGGGCUUUCCGGUGUUGAAACUUGUAAGCAAGAUUCCAUUUGAUUCGCGUUCCCGAAGCCUGAUGGGAAUGCGGUAUGAGGUUCGUGCAAAUGCAUCUGAUCUUCGUGAGGUGAGACACCGAGGAACAAACUAUGAUUGCAUUGACAAGUGAUUGGUUUUGGUGUUCUUUUGAGAGGAAUUCCGGCUCGAUCGGGUUGACAGAUUGGCAGAGCAUAUAAAAAAUUUGAUCACCCAUUUUCGGUGGUAGACAUCACUCGCUACUUCUUAUAUCUCGGUCUCUAAAUCUCUAUAUAAAGAGCUUCUUUGAAA